AUGCAAUCUCAAAGAAAAGUUAAAGCAGCCUCCGAUGCGCUCGACCCAAAAACCAGAAAGAUAAAGACUUCGAUUUUACCAAAAAUUUCACACCAAGCUCAAUUAGAUUACUUAGAUAUUACUAGUACAACUCAGGAGCCUUCUAAUUGCGUUUUUUGCAAACGUUCAACUCCUACUUUGCUACAACUUCCCGCAAGCAUUUUUAUUAACAUAAAGGGCCUAGCACAUAAGGCAUGCAUUGAAUCAAAAGGGUGUUUUAUAUGUGGAGAAAGUGGCUUGUUAUAUCAAUGUAGUAUCAGAGAUUGCUCCCAAUUCGUUCAUAAGUGGUGCUCAAUUUAUCAUCAUUUUGCUAUCUAUGACUCUGAAAAAAAAAAUAAAAAUAUUAAUUAAAAUUAAUUUUUAAUAAAUAAUUAAUUUUUUCAGAAAAUACAGAAGUAAGCAUGAUGUCAAAGAUGAUAUGCUUCAUUGUGACAUUCAUAAUUCUGGAUUUAAAAGAAAAGACUCUUAUAAGUACCCUAACAUCAGAAACCAAUGCAAAAAGAUUCUUUAUAGCAGAAUCUGGCAAAGUGACUACAAACAGAAAGAUUCUCCAGCAUCUCUGUGCAAUGGUUACAUCCUAUGAUACAUUAUUGGUGUCGAAUAUUUCCCGCAAGGCUUUAAUCUAGCCCACCCCUCAGUGAGCAUACAAAUAAUUUUUUUUUGCUCAUGGAGGGUAAAUUUUAAAAUUGUUUACAAUUCGAAAAAUUUUUAAAGCAAAUAUGCAUUUAAUUUAUAAAUUUAUGUUUUAAAAUGCAAGCUGUUUUAAAAUUAAUCAGAAUUAGGUAGAGAUUUCAUUAUUAUAAUUAUUAGUUAUAUGUCAAAAUUUUUUUUCAUAAAAAAUUCAUAUAAAAAAUUUAAAAUAAUUUUAUUUUUUUACUUACACAGAGUGGGCAUUUACCAAAAUAGAGAUUUUUCCAAUGGUUUUGCUCACUCACAGAGGGGGGAGAGUAAGCAGCAUUCCUGAAUUUCCAUUAAUGAGUGGUGCCAGUCUUGACUAUAUUUCGUUCUCUUUAAAAACCAAACCUAAGCCAGCCAAAAGUCCAAGUUUCAUUGAUUCCUUAAUAAAAUAUUAUGAUACUGAACAUAAAAAUGCGGAAAAAGAGUUACAGCCUAUUAUUCAAGAAAUUCAAGAUGCAUUAUUUUUGAAAGAUAAAACAAAAAAAAAUUCUGGAAUUUCUGAAGAAAAAAUCCAUGCUGAACUAGCAAAAUUAGAUCUAGGCACUAUUCAGCAAGAUUACAUGCAUUAUUUUGAGGAGUCUGCAUUAACCUUGUCAAGCAAAGAAAAUGGGUUUUCGUCAUUAGGGUUGAGGAAGAAUUUAGAAAAAACGCAAAAUGAAGGCUGUUGGGUGUGCUCUGAAAAUACUAAUGAAGAGGCUGAUCCGCUAAUAAAAUGUGUGAAAUGUGGCAUGGAAGUUCAUAUGAAAUGCUAUGGAAUUUCUGAAAAAAUUAAUGACUGGGUCUGUGAGCCUUGUCUAUUAUUAUCUCCAGAUAGACGAACUUUAUGCCAAUGUGCUCUAUGUCCUAAACCUGGAGGUGCUUUGAAGAAAACAGUUCAUAUUAACAAUAAUUCAAACCAUUUUCCAAAUUAUUCACCAUUGAAAUUAAACAAAGGAAAAACUGAUAAUUUUGUUUGGGUUCAUGUAUUUUGUGCACUAAGAGUUGAAAAAGUCCAUAUUUCUAGCCCAUCAAAAUUAUUACCAAUUUAAAUAUAUAUGAUUUAGUAUUUUAAAAAAAUUAUUUAAAAUAAUAUUAAUUAAAAAGGAAUAGAAGAAAUUGAUAUAUCAAAAAUUAACAAUAUCUGUUAUUCCUCUAUCUGUGAAGUGUGCAAAACUACCAAUGGAGCUUGCGUAUUUUGUAGCUUCAAAGGCUGUAUAAAAGCAUUCCACCCUGAGUGUGGGAAGGAUCAUUUCGCUACAAAGCGCGGCUUUGGAAAACACAAAAUUUAUUGUGCGCUUCAUAAGCCUUUGCAGUUAAGAAAAAUGCUUGAAACAAGGCAAAAAAAAGUGACUGAUGAUAUUUUCAAAUUUUAUAAAGCAAUAGAAAAAUGGGAACAAAAUGCAAAUAUACUGUAAAACAUUAAAUUUAAUGCCAAAAAAAAUAUUUUUAUAUAAAAGUUAAUGGUUUUUACUUUAAAAGUCAGAAUUAUCUAAAACAAGAAUACAGCAACACAAAGAGGCAUCAAAAGAAAAAGAGAAAAAAAAUUAUUGGCACAGCCAUCAAAAAUUUUUACAACAAUUGAAGACCAAAAUUUGGAAUUUAAAAUCCAAAAAUAUUUGCAUAAAUUAAAUGUGGGACAAAAUAGACCAUUUUUUAUUCAUAUAAAUUUGACAGCGUCGACGAGAAAAUCACGUGUUGACGUUGAUAGACCGCAGUAUUUUACAUUGAUCCAUCCAGAAGUAAUUUUGGAAGAGUCCAUUGCGAUAGAAAAAAGGACGCCAGAAGAGUGCUUUAAGAGAUACCAAGACACGCUUUAUACAAGGAUAAAAAAUGAUAUUUUAUUGAGAGGAGAUCGGCUAUCAAUUUAUUAUGGCCAAAGCAUUAUGCCAGGCUCCCUUAAAAAAGUCAGGCCAGCUGGCAAUAGAAAUUCCUAUAAAGGAUCCCAUCAAAAAUCCCAAGCAAAAAAGCUAAAAAAACUCGUCCCAAAGCCUGUCAUAAGCAAAGACACAUAUUGCUACUGCAACAAGCCUUUUUAUUACCAGCUUCCAUGGCUUCCUGAAUGGUCACAAGAAGAAUAUGAAACCAAAAUAAAAGAAAACGAAAUGAUAGAAUGCCCUCAAUGCGAAAGAUGGUUCCAUUUCGGUUGCAUUGGAUAUGUUGGAACCCUUGAACAAGCCCAAUGUGAUGAAGACUGACUAUGCAAUGACUGCUCUCUAAAGAAGCAAAAAGCCAUUGAAAUGUCUACAACAGAAGAAUAA